GGGAAGGUGCUGCCCGGCCCCUCAGCGCGGUGCGCGGGGGUCGCAGUCGGGCCGGGACGCGAAACCGCCGGCAGCGCCGCGCGAAGGGUACGCGGCGGGGUCAGCCGAACCGCGCCCAGGGUGGCCGCAGGCGGGAGCGCCCGCUGGGCGGGGCCGCCGGCCCGGGCGAGGCCGCUGGGGCGGGAGGCUGCUCCGGCGCCGCCGCGGAGCCCGCCGGCCUCCUCGCGAUAUAAAAAAAAUACAUAAAAAUGAGUGCACUGGACCAUGGAAUAUUCUUUACAACUCAUAGGAUUAAUGAUGUAGGUAGAAAAUCUGGUGAUUCCUAUGAGAAAUGGUCUUUGCAGCCAGAAGUAUAAACCUGUUGACUACAAACAUCUAUAUGAACUUGCUGCAGUAGAAAAAAUGACAUCUGCAAAAAUUAAAUUAAAGAUUAAAAAAACAGAGCAAGUUUCAAAAAUUAACAAAGAGCAAAUGCUGCUGAAACAGCAUCGGCAGGUGUGGUGGCAAGAGCAUAAAAGGCUGAAUAAGAACAGGCAAAAAGCAGAAGCAGAAGUAAAGACUUUUCUUGACAAAGCAAGCCAUAAGCACAACUUUUUUUCAGAUAUGAGGGACUUGGAGCAUAAAUUAUCAAAGGAGCGGGAUACAUACCAAACAAAUACUGUAGUUCCCAUCUGGCAACUAAAAGAGAAUUUGGAAUUCAGGCUGUCUGAAAUGCAUUGUUACCUCUCGGAGGAAUCUUGUCUGAAAUCUAACAUCAAUCCAAUUGAGAUAUUACAGCAGAUAAAAUUUGUGAAGAAUCAACAGAAGACAAUUUUGGAAUUCCUUAUCCUUGAAAGCCUGGCUUUGGAAAGAGAGCUUGAAGACUAUAAAACAAAAGCAUUAGCGUGUUCUUCUGAAGAGAAAAACAGACUUUUCCUUGAAGUUCCUUCAGCACUACUGUCUUUGGAAUGCCCCUAUCCUGAUUUGAAGACCUUAGUUAUCAAUGAAUACCGAAAGCUUGCAAGUGGGUACUGGUCUAAGCUUCAAGAGAUGGAUCAACAUUUAAAAGUUUUAUAUAGGAACAUUGAAUGGAAGGAAGAAGAUCAGUGGGUUUUUCAGGCUGUUAUCGAUCAGUAUCCAAGUGAUCUUCGGAGGAGGAGGACUUUGUACCUCGACAUGCUGCAGAGAUACCUCCCUCACAAAUCCAGGCGUGAUCUGGUUGUUCAUGAGAAAGCUUGGGAUCAUUACAAUUUCAUUAGGAAUCAGCGCAGAGUCUUGAUAUUAAAUUGGGCUCAAGCUAGGAAAGCCUUUUUACUCAAGGCGGUGACGACUGUUGCUGAAGCCUCUGCUGCUCAUCAGACAGAAGUAGAGUUGGCUCAUACCAGACAAAAGCAACAGGAGAUUUGUGCUGAGCUGAAAGCAAAGCAAGUUCAGCGAAGGACCAUUAAGAUGAAGGUGCUGGAGCACCUCUCCUGUGAGGAAAGGCAGAGAGAGCUGGGCCUGCUCAGCCUGGAGAAGAGAAGGCUCAGGGGGAUCCCACCACCGUGUGUUCUACAGUGGAAAGUGCAGCAGGAAGAGGCUGCGGAACUAGAAGCUGCUGUAGCUGCCAGAAGAAAAGAAAAGAAAGAUGAGAAAGAAAGGCUACAGAAAGAACAGGAAAUGAUUCGUAGAGCUCAGGAGAAAGAGAAAGUGAAAAAGUACUGGGCUGAGAAACAGCUCGAGUGGCAAGAACAGGAAAAGAAAGAUCUACGACGUCUGGAGGAAUUAAGAAAAUUAAUGGCUGAACAAGCAGUUAAAGACAGAGAAAGGGUAAAGUUUAGACAAGCGCUGCUGGAAAAGCGCUUGCUGGAGAAAAAGGAACUGGCCCUCCAAGAAGCACGUGAAGAAGAGGAAAAAGCGAGAUGCCUCGACGCACUCAGACAACAGGUUGCCGUCGUUGCAAAAUUAGAUCCAGCUAGAGUAGUGGCUGAUACGGUGGCAUCUAAAGCUCGGAUGGGCGUUGGAACCAAAGAAGAGUUUGAUCUUCAGAAGCCACUGUUUAAGUUGCAUACGUACAGUGAACAGCAGAUCAUUUCUGACCCUAGACUUCGUGUUGAGCUAGCUCUUCGAGAAGCUGGACUUCAUAAAACGCAUUAUGCCAAAGAGAUUUUACCAAAAAUUCCACCACUGAAGCUUCCAAGACGAGAUACGGAAUCUACAGCUUUUAAAAUGUAGAGCGCCUCUCAUAUCAGGAGCAGAGAUGCUUCAGGGUAUCGCCUGGCCUAUACUGUGAAACCUUCAAAUAAAUUUCCCUUAGGCUGUGUUACAGAACUACUUAGUUCUCAGGGCGUGCAAUCAUUUAAAAAAAACAACGCACCUUUCUCGUGCAGUGCUACGCAUUUUACGCCUGCCUUGGUGCAGGUUUUAUGGAGGUUUGGUGGGUGGCAGCUGUUGUAGUGUAAAUUCCCACGUCCCUUUCUACAGGGCGACAGGACACCCCUACAUGAAAGACUCCAACAGACGUUACAGGCCAAUCGGAUACAAAGCAUCUUGAGUACGAGCUCUGGUUUUUAACUGGCAGCAUAAAUCCAAAAUAGCUUUGCAGAAUGGUCACUUUGGAUUGUGUUAUGAUACGUGAAUACAUCCCACAUAACUUUCAUUCCAGGUUGCUUGAUUCUUUCAAUUAUGAAAUCUUUGUUAUCAUGAAUGUUUCUGUUACUCCGUAUUAUCAAGAGGGCCAAGAAAGCUGGAGAGGGGCUGGUGACAAGGGCAGGGAGUGACAGGCCAAGGGGAACGGCCUGAAGCUGCAGGAGGGGAGAUGGAGAUGGGAUGUGAGGCAGAAAUCCUUCCCUGUGAGGGUGCUGAGGCCCUGGCACAGGGUGCCCAGAGAAGCUGUGGCUGCCCCUGGCUCCCUGGCAGUGUUCAAGGCCAGGUUGGAUGGGGCUUUGGGCAACCUGGGCUAGUGGAGGGUGUCCCUGCCCGUGGCAGGGGUGGCACUGUGAGGUCCCUGCCCACCCAAACCGGGCUGUCAGUCUGUGUUUAUAAGAAGAAACUUAACCUGUGCCUAUAUUUAGAAACCAAUUUGCUGCAUCGUAUUUACUGCAAACCAGUCAUGCAGUCAUUUCAUAUUGCAGAUUAAUCUUUCAGUAUAAAUUAUAAAUUAGAAAUAACAUUUCAGAUCUGGGAUCUUUAUUUUGGAACUGAAACUACUGACUGUGAUUCUAUUAAAUGAAAGGGAAAUUGAUGUCAUUUCAUUUUGUAACUGAUUAUGUUUUCAAGCCUUACAUAAGAUGACUGUAAAAUGUAUGUGAACAAGUUAGAAUUAGCAGUUUAAACAAAAAUUUCUAAGGACAAUGAAAGGUCGGAACAUCCAUAGUUGUGUAUCUAGAAAAUGAUAGGAACUUCAUUAAGGUAAUAUUGUAAUGCCUUAUAGGCGUUAACGGAUCCCAUACCUACAAUGCUUUGUGAAACAGAAGUAAUUCCUCGCUGUCGAAACAAAAAGCUGAGGAUCGGGGUAGAUGAGGGCCACCUCUGUGUUCUCCCAGCAGAGCCCACGGCGCCGGUUCGGCAGGCGCCAAGCGGGAGGUUUCGCGCCAGGCACCGCGUGCCGCCUCCCCGCCUGCACAGCGGCAGCCCCUCGGCCGGUGACACAUCCAGCGACUCUGCACCAAAUGUUUUGCAGUCGGAGACAAGCAGCGUUUAGUUUUUCACACCUCAACCGGAUAGUAACGCUGGCAGCAUCUCGUCGCGUGAGCCCGAUGUCAGCGCGUCUCUGAGCACCGGGGGGAGGGAGGUUUGCUCGCGCCUGGCUGCUCAAGGGUGCAAAGUCAGGAGCGGCCGGACGCUCCGAGAAGGGUGCCGGAAGGGCAGGGGACGAGCUGGGGCGACGGACUCCCGAGGGCAAGCAGAGUUUAAGACUGGGGCAACAUAAUCUGAGUGUUGAAGUUAUUUUAUUGGGGGGAUAAUGCUACAGAGACUGCCCAAAAGGCGUGGGAGCUGUGUGUCUUCUGGAUUUAGCCUUUGCAUGUUUGUGCUAAAAUUACAAUUCUGUGUAUAUUUGCGCAUUUUAUUUUGGUAUCUCAUUUGAGGUCACUCGUUAUUUUUACAACACACUUGGCCAGCUUCACAACCUGUUGGAUGUUCCUGCAGGGGAGACCAGCAUUGAUUUUCUUCUCUUCCGGAGACCAGGCUGGCUUCUAGGCUGCUUCCCAGAAACGGAAGAUCCCAAACUUCAGGCAGUCUUUUUUUUCUCUUCUCGCUGUUAAAAGCAGAUCUACGAGAUCAUUUCAGUGGCACAAAAUCUUUUCAGAUUAUAGUUAUCAUCUUUUAUAAAAACCAAGACAUUUAUGAAAAAAGAAAGUUUAAAUGAAGCAGAUAUUUGGGUUUGAAAUAAAG